GUCAAAUCAUAGCCUCUCGCUAGUAGUUUGUAGUGUGUCUGUGUGUCGUGUCCAGUCGUGUCCAUAGUAUUGUUGCAAAGUAAUUGUCAUGGCUUCGGAGCGGUACAGUUUUUCAUUAACGACCUUUAGUCCAUCAGGCAAGUUAGUGCAAAUAGAAUAUGCCUUGGCCGCGGUAGCCGCCGGUGCGCCGAGCGUGGGCAUCAAGGCGUUAAACGGCGUCGUCCUCGCCACGGAGAACAAGCACAAGUCCAUUCUCUACGAGGAGCAUAGCGUUAGCAAGGUCGAAAUGAUUACGAAGCACAUCGGCAUGGUGUACAGUGGCAUGGGCCCAGAUUACAGACUGCUAGUGAAGCAAGCACGUAAAAUGGCACAACAGUAUCUCCUAGUGUAUCGAGAACCCAUCCCGACUGCACAGCUCGUGCAACGCGUUGCAAUGGUCAUGCAAGAGUAUACGCAGUCUGGAGGUGUCAGACCCUUCGGAGUGUCACUCUUGAUUUGCGGUUGGGACAACGACAGGCCGUAUCUGUUCCAGUGCGAUCCGUCCGGCACGUAUUUUGCAUGGAAGGCGACCGCGAUGGGUAAAAAUUUCAUUAAUGGCAAAACGUUCCUCGAGAAAAGGUACAGCGAGGAUCUGGAGUUGGACGACGCCGUUCACACCGCCAUCCUGACGCUGAAGGAAAGCUUCGAGGGACAGAUGACCGCGGACAAUAUCGAAGUCGGCAUUUGUGACGCGAACGGAUUUAGAAAGUUAGAUCCGUCCAACGUCAAGGAUUAUCUCGCGAAUAUUCCCUAAGCUAAACUACGUUUUUUAAUAUAUUCUCAAAAUAAAACUUCGUAAUCGUUAAUUUGAAUUUGAAUCAGAUUCUUGCAAUAAAUAUCCUGUCAAAAAUGAAAGUUAAUCGUGUUUUUUUUUGUAACAAUUAAAACUGUAUUAAAUUGUAACAGUUUCGCAUUUCUUCCAGAAUAUAUCUUACAAUUCUA